AUGCAGUGCGGCGAAACCAAUCAGCAAUGCCCGCCGCCGCCGCCAGGCGCCAGCCUCCCGCCGGACAUGCUGGCCAACAUUCACGGCCGGCUGAGCCUCCUCGACCGCCUGUCCUUCGCCGCCGUCUUCCACACCUCGCGCGCCGCGUUCAGGCCGGAGGCGCCGUGGCUCGUCCUGCCCGGCGACACCCGAGAGACCGCCACACUCUUCUCCCUCUCUGACCGCGGUGCCGCCACCGCGCGCGCGCAGUGGGCCGACCACGUCGUCCUGGGAUCCACCUCCCGCUGCUGGCUCGUCACCGCCGACGACGAGGCCCGGCUACGCCUCGUCAACCCGGUCACCGGGGAGCGGUGCGCGCUCCCGGCCAUCACCACCAUCCCCGGCCUCAUCGAGAAGUGGGGUGGCUUCACGAUGGUCGAUCAAAAAGAGUUCCUCAGGGGUCCCCCAUACCCCGGCGGGGGCGACCGCCGGCCAGUUGGGACGUAUACGAUUCGUGCCGACCUGAUGCGUCACUUUUUCUAUCGAAAGGUCGUUGUCUCUGAUUGCGCCGCCAUGCUGAUCACCACACCGCAACUCGGCGUCCCGGCCUUCGCCACGGCGGAGGGCGGCGAGUGGAGGCUGGCGCCCUCGCGCGACGGCGUCGAGGACGCCAUACACUACAACGGCAAGUUCUACUCCAUCACCUACAAGAGCGGCGUGGAGGUGUGGGAGCAAAGCCCCGAUGCCACCGGCAUGUUCACCAGCGCGGUGGUCGCGCCAAGGCUGCCCAAUGCGGAUGGUGAUCCGUGGUCAUGCCGCAAGUACCUCGUCGCGGCGCCGGGCGGGAGGCUGAUGGUGGUGCUCGAGGACUCCAAGGAGAUCAGGGACGAAUACUACGGUCGUCUUAUUAGGACAUGCUCCUUCAAGGUGCAGAUCCUUGAUGCCGACGGCGAGCAGUGGAAGGAAACGGAUGACAUCGGCGAUGCUGCUCUGUUCGUCGGGGUGAACAGUUCGAUGUGCGUGUCGACGAGGGAGCACCCAGAGAUCAGGGCCGGCUGCGUCUACUACACCAAGAACGAUGUGGGGCCGUGCAAUGACGCGUAUGAUCAGAGUGGCGUCGGGGUGUUCAACCUCAAGGAUGGCAGGGCGGAGAAGGUCCAGGGCCUCGGGCAGCACCGGAACUGGCCACCGCCGGCAUGGUUCAUUCCUUCCAUCCAAUGA